GUGCUCUGGUCUGGACAAGGGGGUGCAUGGGUGAAACAUGGCCGCCGCAGACCCAGCGAAGUCUCCCAAACGGCAGAAAAUAGCCGAGGAGGAGGUGGAAACAUGUGGGGAGAAAACCGAGGCGGUGGAGUCGGGGUGCAGUGCACGGCAGAAAGAUGAGAAUACGUGUAAUAAAACCGGGGGUAGCCCCAACGAUGAGCAGAGAGCUGAUGUUGGCAGCGACGGCGGCGGUUGUGUUGCCAGCCAUUCGGAGGUUACUGUCGAGUCCGGUGCUGGAGCCGACAAAACGACAUGCAUUUUACCGGAGGACCUGAGAGCGGCUGAAAAAAUGGCCGAGGCCAGUGGCAGUGACCAGCGUCCAUUCGACUGGUCCGAGACUGAAGAUGACGGCAAAGAAGCACAGACGCACGCGGAGGAAAACGAUAAGUGUGACCUCAACAGUGUCUGUGAGGAUGCUGAAGAGGUGCAGCAGGACAAGCGUGUUGACAGUGACAUUGCCACAAAUGCAGAAGAGCCACAUGUGGAGGAGAAGAGCGCAGUUAAACCACAGAAUAAGGAUUUUGUGGGCGAAGUGGACGGCAUAGAGGAUGUGGUUGAAGACGAUGAGGAGGCAGACCGAGGAGUGGAUACUGAUUUGACUGCUAAGCAGAAAAAGUGCCGCUUGGUCUGCAAAGAGUGCGGGAAGAGGUUCACCCGCCGCGAGACGUUCAACCUCCACCGGCACUUUCACGCGCAUGAGGAUGAGCUCACGCCCCUCACCUGCAAAGAAUGCGGCCUUACCUUUCAGCACCGCAGCAGCCUCAUCAAACACCGAAACGAACACAGGGAGAGUGAGGAGCCGCAGCUCAUCACUCCAAAAAAGGAGGUGCAAAUGAUGGAGGAGGGCAUUUUUCAGUGCGCAGAGUGUGAGAGGAUAUUCUCCACAGUCAGCCAGCUGAGGGACCACAACUGCAGCAAUACAGUAGAAAAGCCUUACCACUGCCCCCUGUGCCGCCAGGAUUUCCAGUUUAAGGUCUCCGUCACUAAGCACAUGAUGACCCACUCUCAUGAGAGCGCCUUUACGUGCCAAGAGUGCAGUCAAACUUUCCCAAACACUACAGCCCUGCGCUUCCACCAGAGGUGUCACGCCGCCCUAAAGCCCUAUGAAUGCCCCGAAUGCGGCAUGGUUUUUAAACACUACUCCGUCAUGGAAGACCAUCGUCGCAAGCACACCGACAACAGCCGCUCUCACCUGUGCAACAUCUGCGGUAAGACUUUCAAGUACAGCAGCCUCCUUCAUCAGCAUCAGUAUCUGCACACAGGGCAGAAGCCCUUCCGCUGCCCCGAAUGUGGGAAAAAAUUUGCUUUUGCCCAGAACAUGAAGGCGCACUGCCGCCAGCAUAGACUGCGUGAAACCAACUCCUGUAGUGCACAGACCAGUAAGCAGGCCCCUGCUGCCGAACAGGAGGAGGUAAGAGGGCCGGGAAAGGAGAACGCACACCAGAGCGAGGAACCAAAACGCACAUUUAACUGCCCCCUUUGUCCCCAGACAUACUGUGCACCAGCUAACCUGAGAGCCCACAUGCUCAUUCAUGAAGCAGAGUAUGAAAAGCUGGAGAGAUCACCUCGACUCCCAAAGGAUGUGAACAAGUACUGGGAUAAGGGACACACCUGCCCACACUGUCCGUCCAUUUAUCGGGACGAGUCCAGUUUAAAUGUGCAUCUUUUAAGUGUCCACAAGUCUGUUUCACAGUAUUUAGAAAGACUGGCUGCUCCACCUAAAAAACAAUUCACUCCAUUAACCAGUGAUAAUGUGCAGGUGAAGUGGAAAAGCGAAAGCAUAAGUGUUAAGUCAUACAAGUGUUCAGAGUGCGGAAAAACUUUCCGCCACCGUUCAGUGUUGGAACUGCAUAUGCGCAUACAUUCCAAGGACAAGCCUUACCAGUGUAAAGUGUGCGGCAAGGGCUUUAGAUUCAGUAGCUAUUUACAGCAGCAUCUCAUCAUUCACACAGGCAAGAAGCCAUACAAAUGUUCAGACUGUGGGAAGGACUUUGCCUUCCUGCAGAACAUGAGAACGCAUCAAAAGCUGCAUCAGGAAAAACCCUUCCGCUGCACCAGCUGCCGCAAAGGCUACAGCGACGAGAUCCAGCUGCAGCACCACAUGUUGUCACAUAACGGUGACAAACCUCACAAGUGUGACCAGUGUGACAAAAGCUUCGGGUUAGCUUAUCUGCUCCGUGAUCACAUGAACACCCACACAGGAGAGAGACCUCAUCGCUGUGAAGAGUGUCACAAAACCUUUUCGUGGUUUAGUAGCCUGCUGGUACACCAGAAGAUCCACGCUCGUAAGCGGCAGAGUUUCAGCCAGUACAGUUCUUUCCCAAUGAGCUCUAGGAUGAGGGGGCGGGGGAGGAGGGGUGGGAGGCCAGUGUGGGGAUUUUCUAGACCUUUAGGAGGCUCAGGGAUGACUACUCCUCAGCAGCUUUCUUAUCCGGUUUCGGUAGUGAGAGACGCUGAGCUCCACAGGAGGGCAGUACAGCCGCCAUCUUCCAUGCAUGCAUCUCGCAUGGAUUUACAGAGCAGGCAGCAAAAGGAGCAGUGGCUGUCCGAGCUACACCCUCAGCCAGUGCAGUGGAAGGUAGAUGGUGGGGAAGUAAUGCCUGUUCCAUCAUCGCAGCACCAGCAUGGAGCCCCACAGCAGACACAGUUUGACAGCUCAGUGCUACAGCAGCACCAUCGGACAAGUUCAUCCUGGGCAGAUAUUCCUCUGAUAAGUCAGUCAGGCUCCACGUCUGUUCAGAGUUUAGAUUCGGCACACACAAAAGACGGCACGUCUUCUGUUGCCGCCUCUCACCUGGUGUCCGUGCCAAAAAAAUCCAGCCCGUCAGCAGUGAACGAGAUGGUGCAGCACAGGCAGCACAAGCCUGUUUCCUGGAGCAGCACUCCCACUUCUACAGUGCUAGCUUCCACAAGUUCUGUGCAACACGAAUUUUCUGUUCCCUCCUCCUACAUAGACGGAGCAGCUCUGUGGAGUGUCAGGCCUACUCCACUAGUAAAUUCACAGGGCUCACCAAGUAAGCUCGGGCAAGAGCUUCAGCUGCCAAGAUGGUCAGUUAUCCCAGUGUCCUCACAAAAGGAGCCGUCAACACCUCCUAAGAAGGAGGACAGAGUGUGGGACUUGAGUAAUCCUCAAUUAAUACCUUCGACUGUUAGCCAGCCAGAGAAGCCAUGGAACGGCUGUGAGCCGCAAAAGCCAUGGGCUUCUGGCUUAGCAGGUGCAUCCACCUCAGCUCAAAUAGACCAAAGCAGUGCUAUGCCAAUUUCCAGUCCCGUCUCUCAUGGGGCCAGCAGCACCUUAUGGGACAUACAAACACCACCAGGAAUUCCAAAGACUAUAAACUCCACGGAGAAGUUAGUAAAUAAUCAAGAUUUUCAGCUGCAGCAAAAGCAGGCGUCAUCUGGCUGGGCCAAUGUACAGACAGCAACACAGAAGGUUCCCAUUUCUAUUCAGUACGAGCCUCAUCGUUUUGGACAGGGCAUGGGAACACCAGUAUGGGGCUUCCAAAACAACCCAGUGGGUCCUCAAACCCUGCUUUCUGGGCAACUCAAACCAGGGAAUGGACCGGAGCUGCAGCAACAACCAAUGGUAACAGGCACUCAAAUAAUCAUAAAUCAGCCUUCUCCUUUUUUCUCACCUCCACUUGCUCCGCUCCCUCCUCUUGCUUUGCCUGGCCCUCACCCUCUUCACUCUGUCGCAGUUGGUGCACUUCCAAGACCUCCACACCCAAAUAUUUUUUUCACACCACAGGCAGUCAUGAGCGAGAGGCCACACAUGCCACAGACCCUGUCCCUACCUCAACUUGCCCCGCGGACAGAAACUCACAAACUUGGAUCUCGUUUGCCUUUUGCCCCUGAACGGCUUCUCCAGUGCAUGAUAUGCGGGUGCUCUCUUCCUCGGGAGCUGGAUCUACAAAUGCAUUACUUGCAACAUGCACAAGGAGAGAUUUGACAUUUCUACUCUAGCAACAAGACUUAGUUUUAGUUUUUUGUUUGUUUUUGUAAUAAUUUUAUUAUUUGGUGGAACCUCAUUUAUCACACAUGGAUGAGCAUCAGCAAAAAGAUGGGGAAGGUGAAACAUGGUUUAGCCUGUACACUUGUUACACAUUUUAAGUCUUUUGGCUUCAGAUUAGAUUGCACAGUCAGGGUGUGUUUUGACAUGAAGGGUGUGUACACGUGCCAUUCAAAGUGUUUUGCUGUCUUUUAAAAUGCAUAUCCCAGGUGCACAAAAAGUUAUUUACAAAGAAAUAGAACUGACUUAAGUCAGCACAAACAAAUAUCUAUAUACAAAACACAGUCUGCAUGUUACCCUCUCUGUAACAGCUCACUGGAAAGAAAGCAAAAGCAACAGGUGGGCCCUGACCGCCUUCUCUUAUACCCCAUAUCAGUCUCGGUCCACUGUUCUUCUUUUUCUUGCAGCAAAUCCAUGAGUACAGGCAAGUCCAUCCCCAGAUGUUUGUCCAGAUUAAUGAGGUUCUACUGUAAGGUCUACAUUUCAUUUAUUGCCAAUGACCUUUAGAUUUAGAUAAUAUUAGUACUUUUCUAGUUCCGGUCAUAUGUCCUGAAUCAUUUGUACUGUGUUUCUUCAUGUACAGUAUACUGUGUGCCUUUUUAUGAGUACAGUCUGCAUGUCUGCUGUCUUUGGUAUCCUAGGCCUAGUUUGUGCUUAUUAAGGUAGACUCAACAAUGUGACCUCCCUCCCAAAAUGCAGAGCAACUGUUUCAAAGAUACUGUAAAGAAAUGUGUGUUUUUGCUUUUGGAGAAGUGAGGGGGAUUGUUGUGCUCACAGAUUAGAUUUGUCAGAACAUAACAAGGAAAAAAAACUGUACACAUACAGUAUAAUCCUCUUAGGGAGCACUUGUGAUCACAGGGCCACUGGCCUGGUCCAAAUAUGCGACGAGUAAAACGCAAAACCAUUUCUAAUAUGUAAUUGUGAUUUCACAGUAAGAGUUUUCUGUAACUGCAACACUUGGGGUGGCCAUUGGGGAUGGGGCAAAUUGGCACCUUUACACAAUUAAUGACUGCUGACCAAUAGCUCAUUUUGUAAGAAAUGUUAGACUUAUGUGAUGUUUUGUCAUUAACAUUUUUUUUUUACAGUGGCAAGAAAGGAAAAUAAUUGGUUACAUAAUUUUUUGCUUCAAUUGGUCCAGUCUGCAUCUCUUACCAGAAUAAGUAUUUCAGAUUGGAAUGUACCCACGUUUGUAAAAAUUAAUUCCACUUUUUAGUGCGUAAAUGUUUUGUUUUUGUUUUUUUGUGAAUAAUGAAUGAUCUCAUUCCGUAACAGUAGAUCUAGGUGAGUACAUCAUCACAUCUCCUUCCGUUAUGAAAAUGGGCAUUAGAUUAGCUCUGGUGGCCCGCCAAGUGACUGACAAUAUUCAUUACUGCUAUCUGCUGUAGAAAUAAACAAAUGGUUCAUAUGUAAAAAUAAAAUGAAAAAAAAAAGCCACAAAAAGAAGGAAAAGCAAAACAACUUCCUGUGCAUUUCAACAUUCAUCGAUUCAGAAACGUGCCCUUCUACCUCUAUCCACUGUUUUAGCAUGGAAGAUUUUUCCCAUGAUGUCUACAUAUUGGAUUAAAAUAAAAACCUGCCUUUGAUUAUAAA